AUGAAUCUUAGAUUGUUCGAUUCAAUAUUCAAUAUAGUACCUUGGUGUCGAAAUAAUAAUCUGUCAACAAAAUUACCGAAAAUAAAUUCUAACAUUCUACUACUAAGUCCUCAAAAAAAAUCUAUUGAACAAAUAAAUUGUGUACGUGAACCGAUUAUAUCCGUACAAGAACAACGACGAACUAGAGAAAAAAUUUCAUCUAGUAUCAAAUGUAAAUCAAAAUAUACAGAUAAAUGUUAUGCAGAAUAUAAUAUAAUUGGUCUUCGACAAGGAUUCGGUCUAUUAAAAGAUAUUCGACAUGAAAAACUAGAAUCCGGUAAACCAUCACUAGUUAUUCAUUCAGCAACACUUGAAAAAAAUGUAACUGAUACUUCAAUAUCUACAAAUUAUGCACUCAAAGAACUUGAAAAUAUAGAAUUAAGAAAACGUUUUGCUAUUGUUCAUACAGAAAAAUAUAUUUAUAUCGUUGGAGGUUAUAUUUACGAUCAUCAAAUUCCGGAAAGAAAAAAAGCUUCACACGAUUACAAAUAUGAUUUACAAACGAACAAAUUAAUUCCUACACAAGCAUUACCGAACGGAGCAAGUCAUUGA